UAAUAACUCCCUUCUAAAACCCUUUACUUCCCAUUUCAUUUCCUCCUCAAUUUCAAUCCCUUGGGUUUUGGCUUUUCUUCAACACUUCCAUUUCACUUCAUUUAUAAAGGUCAGAAUACAGUUUUUAAGUAUUUGGGUGUUUGACAAUUUUGAAUCUUUCUAUGUUUUCAUUAAUGGGUUGAUCUACUUUUUUUAGAUUUAUGGGUAUUUUUUCUUGUAGAUCAAGGGUAUUUUUGUAAAAAAAAAAACAAGAUAUGAGUUUGAAGUGGUGAACUAGAUUGAAAAAAAAGAUGGGUUCAUCUGGGUUUUGUGUGAUAUGUAUGCUUCAUUCUUUGGUAGCUUUAACAAGUGGGGCAUUAAUGAUGUUGUACACAAAUGAAGUGUCCAUUUUUGUUCAUGGAAUUGAGGUGGCUACCAAGCUUAAAGGGUCAACCCCAAAUGACCAGCUUUUGAUCCAAACUUCUGAUUCAUUUUCUGGGCUGCUUUUGUUUGCAAUUGGGUUCUUGUUGUUCAUGGUGGCAUUUGUGAAAGAUAGAGAAUUUCAAAGUUUCUUUGCUAAAGGUUGUGUUUUGCUUCAUGUUUCUAUGGCUAUUUGGAGAAUUUACUUUGAGAUGAAGCUUCAAGAUCUUGCCCAUGAUUUGCCUAGACAAGUUGUUGGGGAUAUUGCUUUGGCUCUUUCUUGGGUUUUCUUUCUUGUUUACUCUUGGAGAGAGAAGUAUGAUUAGUUCAAAAUUUUGUGUUUUUUCUUUUGAGUUAUAGAACCGAUGUUGCACGAAAACUUGUUGAGUCUUUCGUUUUUGUGUUAAGAAUACUUAUCGAACUUUGGAACUUUAUGUUUAUAGCAUACUGUUGUAGAAAAACGUCGUUUUGCAGCUUUUUUGUUCAACGUUUUCUAUUUUAGUGUUUUCGUUUUUGUGCAACAUAGUGUACGUAGAUGUUGAUGUGUUGGUGCGGAUUUGUGGAAAUUUUGGUGGAUUGUAGAUUGGAAAUAGAAGUGAAGAAAAUUGGAAGGUGAAAUGCAAAAUCUUGUUGAAUUCUAGAUUCAAUAAUGCUCUCAAUUUCUUUGUAAAUGGAUCCAUUUGUGCAUAUUUUGAUGAUUGAGGAAUGAGAAUUCCAAAAGUUGUACUUAAAUUUUGCUGAUAUGUAUCACAUUUGAAGCCAAUUUUGGUUUGUAAUUUUUGUUUAAAGUUUAAACAAACAUAUUUUAUCUUUUUGCUGCCAA